CUACCGGAAGCUGCUGUUCGAUAAUAGUAAUUCAGAAACGGGACUUGUCUCUACACCACACUCGCUACGAUUUGUUAUGCCUCCUCGCAAAAAGGAAGCCAAGUCCUCUCCGUCUCUUCCAGCCUCAUCGUCGCCUUCCAGUAGCGCUAUCGAGGGAAUGCCCGCCCCUGCAACACCUAAUCUACGACAACGGAGAUCACAAAAUACAGAUAAGGAAGCGCGUGGGAAGGAUAAUGUCGAGUUUAAUGUCAGAUUGAAGAAGAAUAAUGAUGGGAGAUAUCAUCUAUUAGCUCCAGGAACUCCUUUUGACGAGAUUGACCUUAGCGAAUACUCCUUCUUUUCACAUCAUGAUGAAACUCCAAGUCAAGAUAAGCCCACCAGCUGGAAACAAUGGAUCUUUGGACGCAAAUUCUUCUUUUCUGCAGGUAUUUUGCUAGGUAUUAUCAUCGCUAUUUGGGCAAUGGACUUUUCGUCCCUUCCGGCCGAUAUAAAAGAUGUCUGGACUGCCCUACCCACCUCUUUAGAUCCACGCGACCUGAUCUCCAACUUGACUGUAGUAGACACUGCCCGAAGAGCUUUGGAAAAUCGAGAUUUUACGGUGGGCGAAGCGGUGAAAGCGGAGUUUGGUAUCGAGAAGCACCACCCAAUUAUUCUUAUCCCUGGUAUUGUGUCAACGGGUUUGGAAAGUUGGGGGACAGAGGUCGUGGCAAGGAGUUUUUUCAGAAAGAGAUUAUGGGGGACAUCGACAAUGAUUAGAGCUGUAUUGAGUAAUAAGGAGCGAUGGGUACAAGCUCUCAGUAUUGAUCCAGAGACUGGUCUGGACCCACCGGGAUUCAAGAUUAGAGCUGCCCAGGGUCUGGAUGCCGCCUCCGAGUUCAUUCAAGGCUACUGGAUCUGGCAGAAGGUUGUCGAAAACCUGGCUACCGUGGGAUAUGACACCAACUCUAUGGACAUGGCUGCCUAUGAUUGGCGAUUGGCUUAUUACAACCUUGAGAUCCGAGAUGCUUACUUUACAAAGCUCAAGAACAAAAUUGAGAUGCUUCACUGGCACAACAAGCAAAAGGUUGUACUUUGUUCUCAUUCGAUGGGCGGAACUCUUCUAGUCUACUUUUUGAAAUGGGUUGAAUCUGAUCCUAUUGCGAACGGUUUCGGUGGCGGUGGUGGCCCCCACUGGGUAGAGGAACACGUUGAAGCUUGGAUCAACGUCGCAGGUUCCUUGCUUGGUGUAACCAAGGCUAUGACGGCCUUCUUGAGUGGUGAAAUGAGAGACACCGUGGAGCUUCAUCCCGCUGGAUCAUGGGUACUCGAGAAGUUCUUCUCAAGAAGAGAAAGAGCCAAACUCUUUAGGCGAUGGCCCGGUAGUAGUUCCAUGUGGCUAAAGGGUGGUAACCGAAUCUGGGGUAAUGAGAGCCACGCUCCGGAUGACCCUGAGGAUGCUACCGAUACACAUGGGCGAUUCUUUUCUUUCCGUCACCCAGGGGUAUCUCCUGAUGACAAGUCUCUCUCUGAAUGGACUGUGUCGCCCAACUUGACAGUGAAUGAGGCGGGACCCUAUAUUCUUACUCAUACACCUCCAUCGUUUCAAAGAAUGAUGGAAAGCAAUUACAGCCAAGGAUUCGAAACUGAUGAGAAGAAGUUGAAGGAGAACGGGAAAGAUCAUAGGAAGUGGUCAAACCCUUUGGAGGUUCAAUUGCCGGAUGCUCCGUCAAUGAAAAUUUACUGCUUGUAUGGACAUGGUAAAGGAACUGAGAGGUCAUACUGGUAUAUGCAAGGAGAGUAUGAGCAAGAUGAAUCUCGCUCUGAUGCAGCGGGUGAUCAGGCCUACUGUGACGCCUCUGACCCGUCCAACGGAUGUGACAACUCUACUGUCAACCGGACAGCUCUGGACUUUCCUCUUGCGCGUCGGCAUUGGAUCGAUUCUGCUGUUACCAUUAAAGGGAGUAGCCCAGAAGUUCGGUCGGGUGUGAAAUUUGGGGAUGGCGAUGGGACGAUUCCAGUAGUCAGUCUGGGCAGUAUGUGUGUCAAGGGUUGGAAGGGUAAAACCAAGUGGAACCCGGCGGGAAUAGAGGUCAUUACGCAGGAGUACAAGCAUACACCUGAAGGCUUGGACCUUCGGGGUGGCGCGCAGACGGCGGAUCACGUGGACAUCCUGGGCGCAUCACCUCUAAACUCUGCAAUCCUGAAAAUUGCUGGUGGGCGCGGAGACCUGGUGACUGAGCAAAUCGGAAGCAAGAUUUUAGAGUACACUGAGCGGAUGGACUGGGAUUGAUAGUGUCCGUAGCAUCAUUGAUAGACGCACGAUGGACAGUAAAUGGGCU